CUGGGACAAUUUCGAGUAAAGCAUGUGUAAAUUCAGCAAAAUAAAGCCCAGUUGCGUUUACGCUAACUGACCCACAUUCACUACAAUUUGCAAUCUUGCGAAAAAUUUUACGAAUUAUGCUUUUACGAAGUAUGCGGAACGAGUGCUUUAAAAAAAAUGCGGUUCAUUAUGAAAUGCGUGUAAUUACGUUUACAAUCUGAUAAAUAAAUUAGAGUUAUCAUAUUUAUUUAACUUAAACAAUAUAUUGACAUUUGCUGACUAAUAUUAUUGAAAUGUCGUAAGGAGACCUGCUAAAAGGUAUUCAUAUGUAGAGUAUUUUUAUGUGAAUCCAAAUAAUUUAUUAUAAAUUUUAUACACAUUUGAGCAUCAAUAGAAAACUUAAUUUUAAAUCUAAUUCCACUAUAUAAGAUAUAUAUGUGAAUAUAUAUUGAUGAAAAUUUAAUAUUCAAUUUAUUUCUUUGCCUUGAAAAAGGUCAUGUCCAAAUUUUUACGAAACAUAUAGCGAAAAAAUUCCCAGUCAGCACUCAACAAUAUCGUACGUUCGUUGCGAUGACCUCAAAUAGAAUUCACGCGACAUGGGAUCCCUAUAAAAAUGAAAUUCGAUUGAACGAGCCUCAAUCGAAGUUUCUAAAUUAUGAAGGAAACAACAAUGAAGUUCAACACGUGCAUCUUGUUCGUUUUGGUGGGUGUCACUUUAAUCCACGCCGGACCAGCACGCAAGGCCAUUGAGAAGAAAUCAUUGGCAGAAGAUACGAAGAUAGAGACCACUGAGGAAAACCUGAAAAUUGAAGAAAAUGAUGAACAGAAGGGUAGGACGAAGAAAGCUGCAUUCUGUCUUCAAAUAGAUCCAGCAUCGUCGCAGAUUGCUUUGAGCGAUAAUCUUGUUCAGAAUAUUCCACUGACGGUGCAGGCUCAGUCCGUUCCUCAGCCAUUCCAAGCUCUGAACUUCAUUCAACCUGCUCCUCAAAAUUUACCUCAGGCGAGUAUAGUCGUUCCUCAACAAAUGGUCCAACCAACUUUCCAAUCUCUACCUCAAGUGGUCCUUCCUCAGCCAAUGAUCCAACCGAUUCACACUGUACAAAUUGUUCAACCUUCUUCUCAACCGUGUUCUACAAGCCAGUCUACCCAACAGGCUGAAGUCCCCCAGACAGUUCCAAAGCCAGAACCAACUCCAUCACCUGAAAUAGAAGUUGAAACUGUCACAGAGAAGUCAAAACCUAUGCGUAUUGAAAAGUAUCCACAACCUUUACCAAUACCCCAGGAAACUUACACUGUGCUGCCUUAUGCCCCUACAUAUCAAGAACAGUUGAUGUUUAUCUCUGAACCUGAACAUGCCACUUAUGUUCAAGUUCCUUACACUCAUGUCCAUGGACCACUGACUGAGUGUACUUGUCAGAACAUUGAACCAAUGGCUAUGAACAUGAUAUCAAUGCCUAUCAUGCCCUAUACAUCAACAUUUCAACAUCGAUCAUCUUUAAUGAUGCCUCAUAUUCAUAGAAGUGAUGUAAAAAUAGCACCACAAGGUAAAACAAGAACUGUUAUCAACAUGAAUGUUCCAUCUUAUGAUUACAAUCAUUAUCCUCACGGAGAACUAAACCUUAGAGGACUGCACCAUAUGCAUCCAGAGAUUUCUCUAGUGAGGAAACACAAUCUUCUUGGCAGUCCAGUUGCUUCUGAGACGCAUGAUCUGCUACAGAUCAAUAAAACAGCCCGUGAAGCUGAUUCCAGUCAUUUGUCACCAGAAAAGGAAGCAGAGACCAAGCAGGAAGAAGCCAAAGCUAUGUUGAUCGACGGUCGACGCAAUGCAAGAAGUAACAAAGAGGACACAAAGAAGGAGGAAAAGCAAAUAAUUUAGAACUUAAAACAUUUAUACAAGAUGUAACCAAUUCAUUGUAUUUUUUAUUUUUAUAUCUUUCGAAUCUUCAAUCUACAUGUGUGAAGGUAUAUAAUUAAUAAAAUGAAAUUUUAAAAUCAGAAA